CUUUGUUUGUCUCUUCACCGCACCGCUUCUACAGUGAAAUCCAUCCCCUACUCUUGUCUGUCUCUCGUUUUCGUCCCUCCGUCGUCGGUUUUCCCCGUUCGCCAAAGGAUUUCUUGUGCAAACUGCCUUCCCUAGCCGAGCAGCUUCAAUCCUCACAUGGCUCUACCCUUAUGCCAUCGAGUUGAUCCCGUGGGUUGCAGCUGCUUUCUCGCAAGUCAUUCCUCCGAGUCAUCUAUAGCCUCCGAUUCCCGCUGUUGUUUUGGUUUUCGCUCCGCUUCGAUUCGGAUUCGUCGCUAGAAGCGCUGGUUCUGACGCUUUAGAGCUUCCGCCAUGGGGAAGAGUCACCGGCGCAAAGCAGGUGGUGAUCAGUUUGAUAGCAGCGAUGCUGACAGCGUGAGCUCCGUCUCAACGGGCUUCUCGGAGCUAACGCUGGCUAACGACACUGAGUACGUGAACUCCCAGGAGUUCGAGCUAGAGAAGUACAUCGAUGCUCUCUAUGAAAAGAGGGGAUCUACAAGAGAGAUGGCUUUGUCCAUGCUUGUGAAUGCAUUCGAAGGAAAUGUGCUUCUUGCGUUUGUCGAAAACAAGUUUAUUACAUUACUAAGUCAGUACAUCAAUUCAGUCAAGAGGGGUUCUACAAAAGAGGCUUGUUUAGCUUCUCGUGCUAUUGGACUGCUUGCCAUUACCAUUGGUGCUGGAAGUAGUGCCCACGAGAUAAUGGAAGAAUCGGUGUCCCGACUCUCUCAGGCCCUUAUGUCUGGGUCUGAUUCACUCAAGAAAUCAUCUGUACUGGAUUGCCUUGCUCUUGUAACUUUUGUAGGUGCAAAUGACUUGUUUGAAACUGAACUAUCGCUGAAAACAAUGUGGCAAGUGAUAUAUCCAAAAUCAGGUCCUAAUGUUGGGCCAGUGAAAAAACUUCCCCCUACUGUACUAGCAGCAGCAAUAUCUGCGUGGUCAUUUCUUUUCACAACUGUUAGUAGUUGGAAAAUCAAUCCUGACAAUUGGAAGGAGGAAAUUUCUUUCCUUUCAACUCUAUUAGAAGAUAAUGACCGUUCUGUUCGUAUUGCUGCUGGAGAAGCAAUAUCCAUUUUCUUUGAGUUAGGGAUAUUGGACCAGAAUGAGCAAGUUGAUACUGACAGUAUCAACCAUGAAGAUUUGAAACAUGGAGUGCUUGCAUAUAUGCAAUCAAUGAAGGCAAAGAUACUGUUUAAAGCAAAUGAACUCUCUGUUGAAGCAGGAGGUAAAGGAACUGACAAGAAAAAUCUUAAUGAUCAACGAGACUUGUUUCAGAAAAUCUUAGAUUAUGUCCAGACUGGUGAAUGUCCAGAAAUUUCAUUGAAGAUAUCAAACAAGCAUGGUUUCCUCAGGGCCUCAACAUGGACCGAAAUAAUACAACUGAACUUUUUGAAGCGUUUUCUUGGGAGAGGCUUUCUGAAGCAUUCCCAGGAUAAUGAACUACUACAUGAUAUUUUUGAUUUUGCACGAGAUAAUUCAGAAAGUCUAUCAAGUAAGGAAAAGAAGAUCUCUAGGACAGAAGGUGACAAAGGACGGACUCAAAAGAUGAAUAAGGAUCGUAAGUUGGCUCAGGAACGAAAACGAGGCCACUUCAUCCCUCGAGAGGAGUAGACCACAUGCAAUUUUCAAUCAUUACAAGUAGUAGUGGAUUCAAUUUGAAGGAACUGCCUUUGUUUGACAGACAUAUUAUCUUGUAAUCUUAGGCACUUGAUAUUAAAAUGAGACGAAUGUAACUUGUUUUUAUCGAUGCGAUGCGAUCUACUAGUAUAUUUAUUUUCGCA